CUCCCCAUACUGAGCGGCCAUGUCGGUGCUCGGCCCCGCCCCCAGCAGCGCCGACGCCUGUCUCAGCAUCGUCCACAGCCUGAUGUGCCACCGGCAGGGCGGCGAGAACGAGGGCUUCGCCAAGCGCGCCAUCGAGAGCCUGGUGAAGAAGCUGAAGGAGAAGAAGGACGAGCUGGACUCGCUCAUCACCGCCGUCACGUCCAACGGCGUCCACCCCAGCAAGUGCGUCACCAUCCAGAGGACGCUGGACGGCCGGCUGCAGGUAGCGGGCAGGAAGGGCUUCCCCCAUGUGAUCUACGCCCGGCUGUGGCGUUGGCCCGACCUGCACAAGAAUGAGCUGAAGCACGCCAAGUUCUGCCGCUUCGCCUUCGACCUCAAGUAUGACAGUGUUUGUGUGAACCCAUACCACUACGAGAGGGUGGCGGCACCCACCUGCACAGGUCCUCAGGCAGUGAUCAAGGAGGAGUUCCUGCAAGACUGCCUGCAGCUGGACCUGCCUCCCCCCUCUGACCCGUACGCCCAGCCCCACCCCCUCACCAUGUAUCCCAGCAUGCCUCUGUCUCCGCCAGGUCCGAUGUCCAUGACGCCCACUGCUCUGGGCGCAUCCGAGGCUCCGGAAGGCCCCGCCCUCCUGCAGGUGGCCCCGCCCCCUCAGCCAGAGGGCUGUGCCUCACCCCCCCUGACCCCUCAGUCCGCCACGCCGGCCCCCGCCCAGCAGAGCCCUGAGUACAGUGGACGCCCACAUCCAGUCAGCUGGUCAAGUAACAGCCCUGCCCCCUACACACCUGCAGGACAUCAGCACAUUGGGCAGAGCCACACUCAGCAGACGCCGUUCCAUCAUCAUCAACACACACCCAACACUCACUUCUGGUCGCAGCAUCACAGCACUCCUCCUUACCCACAACCGGUCUCCAACCAUCCAGGUCCAGAGUUCUGGUGCUCCAUCUCCUACUUUGAGCUGGACGUUCAGGUGGGAGAGAUGUUCAAGGUCCAGUCCAGCUGUCCCCUGGUGACGGUGGACGGCUAUGUGGAUCCUUCAGGCGGGGAUCGGUUCUGUCUGGGACAGCUGAGCAAUGUCCACCGGACUGCAGCCAGCCACCGCGCCAGGCUCCAUAUCGGGCGGGGUGUCCAGCUCGAAUGUCGGGGGGAAGGGGACGUCUGGAUGCGCUGCCUUAGUGACCACUCCGUCUUCAUCCAGAGUUAUUACCUGGACCGGGAGGCGGGCCGAGCCCCAGGUGACGGGGUUCACAAGAUCUACCCUGGAGCUUACAUCAAGGUGUUUGACUUACGCCAGUGCCACAGGCAGAUGCAGCAGCAGGCAGCGGCGGCGCAGGCGGCAGCACAGACCCAGGCGGCUGCGGAUGUCGGGGCUAUGCCAGGACCCCACAGCCGGGGAGGAAUCGCACCUGCACUCAGUGUGUGCCCUGCAGCAGGUCCAGGUGUAGAUGACCUGCGCAGGCUGUGCAUUGUGAGGCUGAGCUUCGUCAAAGGCUGGGGGUGCGACUACCCGAGGCAGAGCAUCAAGGACACCCCCUGCUGGAUGGAGGUGCACCUGCACCGGGCGCUGCAGCUGCUCGACCAGGUGCUGCACACGCUGCCACCUCGAGAAAACGCCCUCUGACCUGAACACACCUGACUCCCGUCACCCCCGACAACCUCCGUUCCUCUGAGAGACGCAGAGCUACGGCCUUGUUUCCAUGGUAACAACCUCCAAGAGUCACUCCAGGCAGAGAUCUGGGAUCAGAAUCAGGAAGACUGACUUCAGAUCAGCUGAAACCAAAAACCAUAAAGUUCAUCUAUUUAUUUCUAUUGAUUACCUACCAAAGAUUAAUUUCUAAGUGAUGACAUUAUUUCCUAUUUGGUUGUUUAACCAACCAUGUUUUUUUUUCUUUUUACAGCUUUUUAUUCCAUUUUAAAGUGUUUUCUACAGAAAGCUUCAAUAACUCUGUAGCUGCUGUCUGUUCUCAUUACAAUAAACAUUCCUGUCCUGUA